CCCCGUCUCGCUCUCCAGCGUUGGGCAGCCCCAGCGCAGCCGGCUGCGCCUCUGUCCGGCGGUGCCAGCUCCUAGUUCUUGGAUCCUCUCGUCCCCCUCAGCGACGGCCUCGUCCGGCUCUGCUCCCAGCCCGGUCUCUGGAAUAUUCUUUGGGGUUUGUGGGGCAACAACCACGGUUGAACAGGAAAGAAACAAAACCUGUUACGGAUGAAUGGGAUCAGCUGCCUCCAACUGGACCCUCCCUCUUUCCCGAUCCCCAGGGAUCACCUCAGCAUGAUACCAGGGCAUCUGCCCUGUGAACCAGCGACCCAGGGUCGGGCUCACCUGAGCUGCGGGGAAGGACAAGCCCGUGGUUAAGGGGGGGUGAAGUCUUCUGGGAGGGAAGCAGCCCGUGGGUUCAGGCCACAGGCAGGGCUCACAGCUGAGGGGGCAGAAACUCCUGCCGGGCAGGCCAGAGCUGGCCCUGGGGCUUUCACCUGCCCUAACUCACCUGGGCCCAGUCGGGGCUGGAGGCAGGAUGCAGGACCUGCAGAUGCACCGCUGCCCUGCCGCAGCCUGGCCCCAAGCUAAUCCGGGGGCAUUUGCCCACACAAGACAUGCUCAGAGCGGACGCCCCGGGACAGGAGGAUGUCACUCCCGGGCAGACGAAUGGCAGUGUCGCACUGGCACCAGCAGCUCAGACCCAGGAAAUAAUUCCCCCUUUUCCGCUCUUUUCUCCUUUAGCAAACCAGCCUGGCUGAACACUAGGGAAGAGCUGAGGCAGAGGCUGCUCUUGGCCCGGGACAAACUGCAGCAGCACAUAGCAGCGCUUCAGGCAAUUGCCGACGCCGUGGACGAGGUUCACAGGGGAGCCACGAUAGCAAACAUUACCGGAGGGGCGGUGGGCAUCGCGGGUGGCAUCACCACCGUCGUGGGGCUCUGCCUCGCCCCCGUGACCUUCGGGGCAUCACUGAUCGUGUCCCUCACAGGGCUCGGCGUCUCCCUGGCAGGCGGCCUGACCAGCGCAGCAGCGACCACCACCGACAUCGUGAAGAGUAAAGUCAAGAAGGGAGAGGUACAAAAGAUCCUACAGCAGUGCCAGGAGGAGCUGGGACUCAUCCAGGACUAUAUGAAGACCAACGGCAACAGGGAACAAGAGCUCUGCGAAGACCUGAGGCUGCUGUUUACAGUGUGGGGAGGAACCGGACGGGCCGCUAACAACACCGCGCAGAUAGUCAGAGCCAGCGCGCUGCUGGCCGGCGCCGGGCGAGUGGCAAGAUUCGCAGGAGCCGCCCUGCACACCAUGACCACUGUCACCCUGGCGCUGGACAUCUUCUUCACAGUCAAGGAUGCCGUAGAGCUCCACAGGGGCGCCAGGACAGAGCUGGCGGCCAAGAUCCGGGAGGCAAUUGCUGGCCUGACGCAGACGAUGGAUGAACUCGACAAGGUGCAGGAGCUGCUGGCUGCAAGGAGCGGGACGCCGGGCGCAGCAGGCCUGUAGCAGAAUCCGUCCUUGGGAAGAGUCAGUCGUGCAGUGCUUCCCCAUGUGCUAUCCAGCCGCAGUCGUGGUUGUCACACUCAAGUGUGGAAUUAAAGCAAGGCCUUCAAUCAUCAAAUGUUAAUUAAUAAGAUAUUAAUAAUGAAGGAGACCUAAAAUCAUUGAAUCAUAAGAAAAUGAGGGUUGGAUGGGAGCUCAAGAGAUUCCAUCUAGUCCAGCCCCCUGCUCCAAGCAGGACCAGCCCCAGCUACAUCAUCCCAGACAAGGCUUUGUUGAGAGAGUCUUCAAAACCUCCCAGGAUGGAGACUCCCCAGUGAGGUUUUGGGUCUCUCCUAAUUAUAAAUUUAUAGUUUCA